AUGAAGGACGCCACAGCCCAGCAGAGCAUGAGAUCAUCCGUCUCGGGUCGCGCCGCUGCAGCCAGCAAUCUUGUCAGCCUGCUAAGCCGGCUCCUGACGAAUGGCGCUUCUUCGCCAACGACAAGCAGAGAGAUCCUCUCCGCUAUCCAGGACCUGGUUCCCACCCUGAGCCCCGAGAAGCCCGUCUUUGCAACCUUCCAUGACGGCCAGGUACACGAUCCGCUCGGCGGCGGCGCUUAUGCCUUUGAGCACGGCGUCGUCGAGCCCGUCUUGGCUGCUCUCGUCUCUGACGAGCUCCGGUCCCCGAUGACGGACGAGGCGGACCCAAAGCACUGCCCGCGACAAGGCGUCCCGACUCGUCCCAUCGUCAUCCACGCCGGGGUGCAGCCAAACAACUCGCCCCACGCAGGCACGCUUGUCGUUUUCUGCUAUGCCUUCUUGCUCGCUCAAGCGGUCCGCGACAGCAUGCGAGCCACGGCAGCUGGCACAGACGUUCAGCCGCCGCCCGUCUCCGUCGAAGUGACGUUUGUUGACACGGCGCCCGUCGAGGGGCAGGGCGUCGAGAUGGGCGGGGUCCAAUACCAGAGGUGCUACAGGAACGUCCCCGGAGCCUUGGACACGGACAUGGCCGACUACCAAGAGGUGCUGGGCCUCUCGUCCUCGUGGUCCGGCGUACCCUUCACGACGGCCUUCCAGUCCGACCUGUUCUCCCGCCCGGCCAUGCCCUCGCUCGUCGGCUACAUGGUAGCCCAACACGACGGGCUCGGGCGCCAGCUGUCGCCCAAGUACGGGACGUUGGGCCUCCGCGCUGCAUGUCCCGUGGCGGGCUGUGGCCUAGCCGAAAAGCACGGCCGGCUGAACGAGUACCAUGAGGCCACAAUCUCCUUCCGCUGCCCGCGCCACGGCCCCCACGCCAUCUGCAUUUCGGAGCCCGCCGACGUGGCCCGCCUGGAGGCCAACACGCCGGCACGCAAUCUCCUCCGCAGCAUGAGCCACCUGCUCGACACCAGCGCGCACCACGUGCGCAUCACCGGAGCCGACUACGCCGGCACGUACCAGGAGGUGUUCCUCUACCGCCCUCUGGCGGCCUGGUCGGCAGCCACGGGCCUGGCGGCGGGACGGACGCCGCAUAUCCUCUACGCGCCGCUCGUCGUGGACUGGAGCGGUGCGAAGCUGUCCAAGGCGCUGUACGUCGGCGAGGGCGGGUACGAGGCCAUGACGCUGCUGGGGUCCGACGGGCUGUGCAGUUUCGCACGGCUGAAGAGCCGCUUCGGGGGCAACGGUGCCGAGGGGUUGCGCCGUAUCUGGGACGAGGUGCAGCGGUGGAUGCAGAAUCCGAAGCGGCUGUUCAGGUCUUUUUCCGUCGAAUAUCUGCAGAGGGCCAUUCUGAGGGAAGACGAGGAACGUGAAGAAGUCAAGCAGAUGUCAUUCUCAAACAGGGGUUAG